UGUGAGAUAAGCACACACAAUUUGGCCCUUAAAUUGGUUUUUAAAGCAGAUGUGACUUCCUUUCGAACUCUUCUGAACAGCAGACAUUUCUUAUACAAAUCCUGGUAACAGGUGACAGACUGGCUGCACACGGCGGUGUUGUUCCACAAUAAUGUUUGACUUCUUACUGGUUGGCUGGAGAAUGCCAAAGGCAGAGAAGAUAUACAAUACCUUUUAUAAUUUUAAAUAUUGAUCAAGGUGAGCAAUACACCUACUUCAUUACAGAAUGUCUUACGGUAAUGGUGAAACUGGUGGGCACCCAAUGUAUAACCUUUGCAGUAGAGUUCAGCAUUCUGACUCCCAAGUGGGGAACCUGAAUGGACACAGGAAGUCUGCAACCUUUUUGGAAGUGCGAGCAAACUUAAACAAUAUGCAGUACUCUUCUGUGGCACUUGAUCCUGAUUCUUUGGUGACUAAUGGAUCAAAAAUUUAUUCAAACUCUGAAGAAGAAAAUCCACAUGAUCCUGCUUUCCAGAUAAACAACGAAUCCAUGACAGGAAGUGAGGUACACCGGGCCUACCCUACAAAAUGCUUUUAUGGCCCAUACUUAACCAAAACUAGUAUGCAGGGAGAUGUGUACAACUUUCUGGAACGGCCCAGUGGAUGGAAGUGUUUCAUUUAUCACUUUGCAGUAUUUCUAUUGGUGCUGGUUUGUUUAAUCUUUAGCGUUCUGUCCACUAUUGAAUACUAUGCAGAAUUUGCCACUGGGACACUUUUUUGGAUGGAAAUUGUCUUGGUGGUGUUUUUUGGUGCUGAAUAUGUGGUGAGGCUCUGGUCUGCCGGUUGCAGAAGCAAAUAUGUUGGUAUUAAGGGAAGGAUACGAUUUGCUAGGAAGCCUAUAUCAAUAAUAGAUCUUAUUGUUGUUAUAGCUUCAAUUAUUGUUCUGAGUGUAGGAUCAAAUGGACAGGUGUUUGCCACAUCUGCAAUAAGGGGAAUCCGUUUUUUGCAGAUACUUCGCAUGCUUCAUGUAGACCGACAGGGUGGCACUUGGAGGCUCUUGGGAUCUGUUGUAUUCAUACAUCGUCAGGAACUAAUAACUACGCUGUAUAUUGGAUUCUUGGGAUUGAUCUUCUCAUCGUACUUCGUCUAUCUCGCUGAGAAGGAUGCAGUGGAUGAGGAGGGACAAACAGGGUUUUCCAGUUAUGCUGAUGCUCUCUGGUGGGGUGUGGUAACAGUCACUACUAUUGGCUAUGGUGAUAAAGUGCCACAGACAUGGAUUGGCAAGACAAUUGCAUCUUGCUUCUCUGUGUUUGCCAUCUCUUUCUUUGCUCUUCCAGCGGGCAUCCUGGGUUCCGGCUUUGCACUUAAGGUACAACAGAAACAACGUCAAAAGCAUUUCAACAGGCAAAUACCUGCAGCAGCAUCUCUAAUUCAGACUCUGUGGAGGUGUUAUGCGGCAGAGAAGUCAUACAGUUCCACGGCCACAUGGAAGAUCUAUGUCACCCCAGCUCUAAAUGCAAAGAAAACAGCAGCACCAUCUAGCCCAAAUCUCAGAAAACAGAGCAGAAGAUACAAAAGGAAAGGAAAACCAGGGCGUGAUAAUGGUUCCACACCUAUAAUGAAUCCAGGGGAGACAGCGUUGCCUAUUCCACAAAUUACUUAUGACCAUAUCGGUCAGCGAGAAGACAAGAAAGAGAUGAGUUUCUACCUUGAUGAACCUGGAGGCCGGCAGCUUUCUUGGUCAUCUUUAUCUAUCUGUGCUGCAACCUGUCCCGCUUCACAAGUAAAAAAGCGUUUGGAAGGGAACAGUGGUGAAAUGUCAAGGGCCAACAGUUUCACAGAAGACAUGGACCUCAUCUCUGAAGAGGCACCUUUGCCUGCUGUGUCUGAUGUGUCACAGCUAACAGAAGCACACCGAACAGCUGUCAAAGUCAUCAGAAGAAUGCAGUAUUUUGUAGCCCGGAGGAAAUUUCAGCAAGCUCGAAAGCCUUAUGAUGUGCGUGAUGUGAUUGAACAAUACUCUCAAGGGCAUCUCAAUAUGAUGGUUCGAAUAAAAGAACUCCAAAGAAGGUUGGAUCAUUCCUUGGGGAAGCCUGGCCUCUUUCUUCCAGAAAAGGGAGUAGACAAAGGAUACUAUACGGUAGGAGCCAGACUGAUCCGGCUGGAGGAUAAGGUCACACAGAUCGACCAAAAGCUGAAUGACAUCCUGAAUGCUCUUGAGGCUCAAUUUAGCAAGCAGCCAUCAGCAGACUGGACACCACCCUCAGCUACACCAAGAGCUAGGCGGUUGCGGUCUUCGUCAGGCUCUCCUCCGCUGAGCCGCAAGAUGUGAAAACAACUCAACAGUAUUGCACCAUCUUUCUCAUUCUUUCAUAAAUAGCUGUAGUUGGUGUUGAGACCCAAGUUUGCAACUGAUUAAAUGGAUCCAUGAACAGAAAGAGUAAGACACAAGGCACCUUCCCACAGGCCCUUUUAAACCUAACACCUUCCUCAUCCUGUCUUCCUUCAUUUCAUCAAAUGGAACCAACAGGAAGUGGUGACACUCAGCAGGAACAGAGGUAAGAAACUUGUUUGAGAGAGAGGCUUCACCAAGAAAUAAGAUUAGUCAACUCUGUAUGUUAGAAUGAGUUCAUUCCUACAAAAAGAGAUGUCAAGGCUUGUCUGGAAACCAUCUUCUGAUCUGGACAUUCUUCCUCUUGUUAUCCGGCUGAGGACAUUAGCACUCACUGAUGAGGGAAAUGCACUCUGUACUUGCUCAGAGGCAGUUUCAUCUGUUCAUGUGUAUUCCAAAGUUGACCCACAACAUUGAAAACAUGCCAUAGGCAAGCCCUGGCUCAAACAAAGCCCUGGGUUGACAAACCUUGUUUUCUAGUAGCGAGAUAACUCUGCUACAGUUUUCAAGCAAAGGAUCCUAAUCUAGUGAAUGGUUAAGACAUUACCUCAUCACAAGACACCAGAUUUUUCAGGAUAUAUGUAUAAAAUGUGUUGAACCAUACACAUGUGUAAUAAGGCAUGACUACCCAAGGACAGUAGUGGUGUGAAUUCCCCUUUAAUUUUCCCACUACCUUUCAUAGUUUUGAGUUUUCCAGUUAGUUUUCAGUGAGAUAAAUAUUCUCCUUUGUGGAAAAUUUCUGUUUUCCACAUGGUGGAGGAGUGGAAAACACCAUAAAUUUAUAUUUUCAACCUUUUGAUUAGCAAAUUAUUGACAGCCAUACUCUGUGUCACCGAGGAAAACUGUGUAACACAUCAAGGGAACUGAAGGAAGAACCUGUGCUAUUAUUAGGAAACAGUGUUUGCAAUGAGACAGAAACAGGUUGAAAUGAAGAGCAAUAGUAUUUUGAAUACAAAUAUUUUAAUACCUGUAAGCUGCACAAAUGCCCAUUUAUAAAGUUAAAUUUCAUUCAUAAUAAUAAUAAUAAUAAUAAUUUAUUUGUACCCCGCCCAUCUGGCUGGGUUUCCCCAGCCGCUCUGGGCAGCUUCAUAAGUGAGACUGAGGGUAUGGAAAACCUGACAUUUUCUUUCUGCCGAUGUUUCUGCCUUUCUACCAUCUGGUAUCACAUGAUUUUUGUAAAGUGGAUCCAAAUUAUUAUUCUGCUUCCUCUGCAUAUUAUUCACAACUGUGCAUCUCAUUCCACAUUCAAAAGACAAUAUUGAAUUAUUUUUGCAUAUUGCAUUCACACUAGUAUCCAAACUUGUCCUUCAUGUUUUUCAUUCAAAGGACAGAUCAUUGCCUAUACAAUUGACCUCAUGUUUCAGCCAUUUGCCCAUUAUGUUCCUCCAUUUUUAAAAAAUCAGCAGUGAAAUUCAAACCUGAGUAGAUCCAAAUUGUAGUUGUGUUGCCCAUUCAAAUGUUCAGGCAGCAGUACAGAUCUGAAUCACUGUAAUGUAUUGCAAGUGCAUUAUUUAUACAUCAUAAAGCAACACAGGUCUACACCCUUGUUGUUGCACAUUCCACGGGAAAUUGGCUUGAUUGUCACAGGCACAUUGAAGCCAUUGCUUUUCAUACAUUCAGCAACAAUGUAUGAAACUUAUAUUGUGGAUAUGGAGAUUCAUUUAUUUUUUGCUUUGGGAGGAGGAGGGCCCAUAGCUCAGAGAUAGAUUCCUUUAAGGUCAUUUGCCCAGGUGGACAAAGCUGAGUCUGGUCCACUCCACCCAACUCAUCUACCCAGGUCUCAGUCAUACAGGCCAGGUCAACUCCCUCAUCCACUGUUAAGUCAGAGGAGUGAGGUCUUAUUAUGAACCAACCAGCUAUUUAAAUGAAGCACCACUAAGUCAUCUCUGGCAGUAUUGCUGUAUAAUGCAAUAAACAUGUUAAUUUUUUUGAAUGGACAUGAUGCAGAUGGACACUAGCUGUUAUGCAAAUAAACGAGUUUUGUACAUAUGAAAAAUUAUGGCACUUUUAAUGUAACUUUGAUUGUUUAUUGAAUACUAAAGUACCGUCUCUUUGAAAUGUCCAUGAUCUGUACAUUGCCUAUGUAAUAAAGUAUCUUGUACUUCAGAAAAGAA